AUGACCACCUUCAAGGCUGCCCUCUUUUUCUGGGUGGUAGCAGUAUGGACAAAAGGGGACAAGUCUCUGGAGGAGACAGAUAAAGCUGGAUUUCAAAAAUGCAAGAGUUCCUUGAACCUCCCUGUUCUGGAAGUCUUACCUGGAGGUGGCUGGGAUAACCUACGGAAUGUGGACAUGGGACGGGUGAUGGGCUUGACUUACAUCAACUGCAGGACCACAGAAGAUGGACAGUACAUCAUUCCUGAUGAAAUCUUCACCAUUCCCCAGAAACAGAGUAACCUGGAGAUGAACUCAGAAAUCCUGGACUCCUGGAUGAACUACCAUAGUAGCACCUCCAACUCCAUCAACACAGAGCUUGGCCUUUUCUCCAAAAUCAAUGGCAAAUUCUCCUCUGAAUUCCAGAGAAUGAAAACCCGUCAGGUAAAGGACCAAGCUAUCACAACUCGGGUUGAGGUACGAAACCUGGUCUACACAGUCAGAAUUAACCCAACUUUAGAACUGAGUCGGGGGUUUCGGAAGGAGCUUAUGGAUAUCUCUGACCGUCUAGAGAACAACCAGACUCGGAUGGCCACCUACCUGGCAGAACUCCUGGUCCUCAACUAUGGUACCCACGUUAUCACCAGUGUGGAUGCUGGAGCUGCUCUCAUCCAGGAAGACUACAUCAGAUCCUCCUUCCUGGAAGACAGUGAGAGCAGCCACAGUGCCUUAACUGCAUCUGCUGGUAUUGCCUUUCAAAACAUCAUCAACUUCAAAUUUCAGGAUAACUAUGUGUCACAGAACGCCCUCACCAAAAGCUACCUUUCGAACCGAACCAACUCCAGGGUGCAAAGCAUUGGAGGGGUUCCCUUUUUCCCAGGCAUUACCCUCCAGACCUGGCAGCAGGGCAUCACCAACCACCUGGUGGCUCUAGAUCGUGCUGGUCUGCCUCUGCAUUUCUUCAUCAACCCCAACAUGCUGCCUGGAUUGCCAGGACCCUUGGUGAAGAAAUUGUCUCGGACAGUGGAAAUGGCUGUGAAGCGCUAUUACGCUUUCAACACCUACCCUGGAUGCACAGAUUUCAAUUCACCCAACUUCAAUUUUCAGGCCAACACAGAUGACAGCUCUUGUGAAGGGAAAAUGACCAACUUCACCUUUGGAGGGGUUUAUCAAGAAUGCACUCAGUUCUCAGGGAAUGAAGCAGUCCUCCUCUGCCAACACUUGGAGCAAAAGAACCCACUGACCGGAGACUUUUCCUGCUCCUCUGGCUACUCACCAAUCCACCUUCUAUCCCAGAUCCAUGAGGAGGGUUACAACCACCUAGAAUGUCAGAGAAAGUGCAAACUCCUCAUUUUCUGCAAGACGGUGUGUGAAGAUGUGUUCCGGGUGGCAAAGGCCAAGUUCAGUGCUUUUUGGUGCGUAGCCAGUGGCCAAGUCACCUCAGACUCAGGACUACUUUUUGGGGGCCUCUUCAGUGGUAAGAGCAUCAACCCUUUGACAAACGCGCAGUCCUGCCCGGCGGGCUAUUUCCCUCUGAGACUCUUUGAAAGCCUCACGGUAUGUGCUUCUCAGGACUAUGAGUUAGGAUACAGGUUUUCCGUUCCCUUUGGUGGGUUUUUCAGCUGUGCAGUCGGGAACCCCUUAGUGGAUUCUGCUAUGCCAAGAGACUUAGGUACACCUUCACCGAAAAAAUGCCCUGGGGGCUUCAGUCAGCACCUAGCCCUCAUUAGCGAUGGGUGCGAAGUCUCCUAUUGCGUCAAAGCUGGGCUCUUCACAGGAGGGUCCCUACCCCCUGCCAGGCUCCCUCCAUACACCCGGCCACCCAUCAUGAGUCAGGCUUCCACCAAUACUGUCAUGGUGACCAACACUGCGACUUCAAGCUCCUGGAUUAAAGAUUACGAGACCAACCAGUGGAGACUGGGAGAGCUGCCAGAGCUGCGGAGGGCCCUAAAGGACAUCCACGGGGAAGGGAGUGGUCUGUCAGGUGGAGCAGCAGCUGGGAUCACUCUGGGUACCACCACUCUCCUGGCAGUUGCCAUUGCCCUGGUGGUCUACCGCAUGAGGAAGUACAAGAAGAGGGAGUACCAGACAAUCGAGGAUGAGAGACAGAGUUUGGCUCCAAGCACCGUAGCAACUGAAGAUGUCCCUCACUACCAAGAGCAGGAGCCGAAUCCAGUCUAA